UACUUGCACUAUUUAUAUAUGAUGAAGUCUGAAUUCUGAUGAACAACAUUUUGAGAUUUUUUGGGCAUGAUAAAAAAGGUCAAGUCUACCAAUUUGAAUCAUUGACAAACUUCUACUAUUUAAGUGUUUACAUUGAAAAAAAAAAAUAUGGAAGAUCAAGCAUGCCCAAGAUGCAAAACAACCAAGUAUCGAAAUCCAUCUCUCAAACUGUUGGUUAAUGUUUGUGGACACACUCUUUGCGAAAGUUGUGUUGAUUUAUUAUUUUUAAAAGGUUCUGGCUCUUGUCCAGACUGUCAUAUACCUUUAAGAAGAGUAAAUUUUAGAGUUCAGUUGUAUGAGGAUGCAGCAGUUGAAAAAGAAGUAGAUAUUCGCAAAAGAAUUCUCAGAGAUUUUAACAAAAAAGAGGAAGAUUUUGCUACACAACGAGAAUAUGAUGAUUACUUAGAAGAAGUAGAAGAUAUUAUUUUCAAUUUAUCAAAUAAUAUAGAUGUUGUUGAAACAAAUAAGAGAAUAGAACAGUAUAAAAGAGAAAACAAAGAAUUGAUCCAAAAAAAUAAGCAUAAAUGGGGUAAAAAAGAAAAUGAAUUAGAAGAACUUUUGGAACAAGAAAAAUUGGAGCAAGAAGAAAAAAGACAAGAAAUGGCUAAGCUUGAAUUAGAAUUGCAAAAGAAAAAAGUACAGCAAAAAGAAGCACUUAUUGAUGAAUUGAUGUUUUCAGAAGGUGAUGCCAAAAGUAUUGUGCAAACAUUUGCUUCAAACAUACAAGCAACUAAAGAAGAAUUAAAAGUUGCACCCAAAGCUACAGGAUUUAGCUCAGGCAUCAAAUUUAGUCAACAAAGUAGUUCAGGAUUUCUUCCGGUACCAAAAAUUGAAGAAGGUCCAAAAUAUAAAUAUGUUCCUAUAUCUCAAGAUUUUGAGGGACCUACUCCUCCCAACUGGAAGGAUCUCAAAUCCAAAGGGUUUCUUUCAAAUGUUCGACCUACAAAUGACAUGGACAAAGCUAGUGGAUUUGAAGUUAGUGUACCUUGCUUAAGAGCUUUACAAGAGGCAAUGUCUUGUCUUUAUCACAAUCCCAAAACUCAUAGAAAAGAGCAAAUUGCUGAAACCAUUUAGAAACUAACCUUUAUAAAUUGUUUAUUAUUAACAUAAAAUAGUUUUAAGAAAAGUGAACAAAAAAUAAAAGACUUCAUAAUUAUUCCAUCAAGUUCCAAUAAUAACUUAACAACUCUAACAUUUUGUCUACAUAAGAAAGAUUAAUUAUAAAUUAGUUUUGUACAUGUAUCUUAUAUAAAUUUGUUCAUAUGAUGAUUAGAGAUUGUAACAUUUUCUUAAUCCUCAUUAAAAAGGUUUAUUUUAAUAGAA